GUUUCACAACCAGAACCCUAAAAUCUAGCUCCAGUUUCCAUUCGGAGUUUUAUUGUGACGCACCGUCACAAGAAUAACCGAUGUUUGGGUAUUCCAAUGUGACCAUUGUGUGGCUUGACAUGAUGAGGAUGGACUUUUUAUGAGGAUAACAUUGGUAGCUUUGAGCAGCAUAGUCUCCCAUCAUGUUGCCAGGGGCAGUAUGUCUCUCAGUCCCUCUGUGGCGGUCUGCUUUGGCCUCUGGCUGCUUGCAGUGUGAGGCAGGGCCAGGGAGAUGGCUGCUCAGACAGGUCCUGAGGAGAGCCUACACCUCCACAAGAGCAAGGCAGGCUGUAGCAGGGUACAGUGCCCCUGUGUUUUCCAGAGCCCAAGUGUACAGGGACAAGCUGGCCAUAGUGGACGACAGUGGGAGCCACAGCUACAGGGACUUGUACGGCAGUAGUAGGGGCCUGGCUGGGCGUAUCAAGGCAGCUCUGGACUGUCCCUCUGGGGACCUGCAGGGGAAGCGCAUCUCCUUCCUGUGCGCCAACGAUGCCUCGUACACGGUAGCCCAGUGGGCAUCCUGGAUGUGUGGCGGCACGGCCGUGCCUCUCUACAGGGAGCACCCUCCGUCUGAGCUGGAGUACAUAAUCUCUGACUCCCAGAGCUCCCUGCUGGUGGCUGGGCAGCCGUACGCAGACACCAUGGAGCCCCUCGCCCACAGACUGGGACUGCCCUACCUGCAGCUGCCCCCCACCUCCAGCCUCAGCUCCCUGCUGGAAGCCCCAGAGAACCAGCCUGAGCCUGGCAUCACAGACUGGGCCCAGCGUCCUGCCAUGAUCAUCUACACCAGCGGCACCACAGGCAGGCCCAAAGGGGUUCUCCACACUCACAGCAACAUUCAGGCCAUGGUUCAGGGUCUGGUGUCAGAGUGGGGCUGGUCCAGAGAUGAUGUCAUCCUUCACACCUUGCCCCUGCACCACGUCCACGGCAUCGUCAACAAGCUGCUCUGCCCUCUCUGGGUGGGUGCCACCACCGUCAUGCUGCCUACCUUCCAGCCUCAGAAGGUAUGGGAGGUCCUGCUCAGCUCCAAGGCUCCUAUGGUGACUGUGUUCAUGGCUGUUCCAACCAUCUACUCCAAGCUGAUCCGGCACUAUGAGCAGCACUUCACCCAGCCACGCGUCCAGGACUUUGUCAGGGCUGCCUGCAAGGAGAGAAUCAGGCUGAUGGUGUCUGGCUCGUCCGCCCUGCCCCAGCCCACCCUGCUACGCUGGGAGGAGAUCACAGGACACACCCUGUUGGAGCGCUACGGCAUGACAGAGAUAGGCAUGGCCCUGUCCAACCCCCUGAAGGGUCCUCGCAUCCCAGGUGCAGUCGGUGUCCCUCUUCCAGGAGUGGAGGUUCGCAUUGUCAUGACGAAUGCAACCAGCACCACCAUCGCCGAGGGCAACAGCAGAGAAACUCAGGUGCGUCCAGGGUUGGAGGGGAAGGAGGGGGAGCUGAUGGUGCGAGGAGACCAGGUCUUCACAGAGUACUGGAACAAACCAGAGGCCACCAGGGAGUCUUUCACCGAGGACGGCUGGUUCAAAACGGGGGACACAGCAGUCUAUAAGAAUGGAGUGUACUGGAUCAUGGGCCGCACCUCGGUGGACAUCAUAAAGAGUGGAGGCUAUAAGAUCAGUGCUCUGGAGGUGGAGCGACACCUGCUAGCCCACCCUGAUAUCACAGAUGUGGCUGUGAUUGGUGCUCGGGACGCCACCUGGGGACAGAAGGUGACAGCGGUGGUGCAGCUGAAGAGGGGGCAGAGCAUGACCCUGUCAGAGCUGAAGACCUGGGCCAGAGAGCACAUGGCUCCAUACACCAUCCCUACAGGCCUGGUCCUUGUGGAGGAGAUGCCAAGGAACCAGAUGGGGAAGGUCAACAAGAAGGACCUACUCAAGCACUUCUUCCCCAGCUAACUAGUAGAGAAGCCUGCACCUCCUUCACGGCCCACCUCCUCAACGACACCUCCUUCCAGCAGGAGCAGAGACCCUCCUCAUACUACAGUGAACCAUCGAGAUGAGCUCCAAGUGACUGACUCACCAGACAGUGGUCUGGGGAAGAAUGAAGAGACCUUGAGGAUCCCACUAACUACACCACUGACCCCACUCAGCUCUGAGUUACCGUAGGACUGUUCACUGCUGGGCCUGGAGGCACUGAGCUCAACAGUGCUGUCUUACACGUGAUUAAACUGCUGUGGAGAUAUAUUUAGUUUGGCUGCUAUGACAGCGAACUGAUUUAAUACGAUAAGGCUGCGGUGCCUUCUUUAAAGACUGAGUGCUGCGAUCAUUAGCAUGACUGGAGAUCAUUGGCAUGAAUAAUUAUGCCAACACACAAGUACAUUAAGAAACCGUGAAAAUGAUAAGAGCAGCAAGAGAUCCUUGACAUUAUACACAGAAGAAGAGAGGGGAGUACAGUGCAUUCUUAAAUUGCUUAUAAUUACAAUCCAGAUGGAUACCCUUGAAUUGGCAAUGAAGUUUAUUUUAAUGUAAUAAAAUGGAUGAUGUAUGGAAAGGCC